UUCAUAUCACACGUAGUAACUUGCUUAGUAUAAUCAGCAUUAUCAUCUUGUUCCGGAUCUUCAAUUUUGACCACAAAUGUUUCUGGAUCUUUUUGUUCAGUAAUGCGGUAUGGCCCUUCAAAUUGUUUGUGAACCAAAGACAUUAUUCAAGAUCCCAUUGUUUGAUGAUCAACCACCAACAUGUUUUACUGAUGCACAAGAAUGGUUGGAUAUUGCCAUAAUUCAGUUACAAAAGAACAAAUCAACAACACCUAUAACAAUGAAUGAUGUUUCCACGUCUACAACAACAUCGUCUGUUUCACCCUCAUUGAUUGCAAGCGAAAUAUCACUGCCAUUGCACUCCACCAUAACAACGACGAUUCCACAUGUCGAUUUAACCAUGAAACGAAUUAAACAUGAACAAGGCCUUGAUGCAAACAUUCAGAAUAUUGUUAAACACAUGAUCAAUAAUCAACAUUAUGAAAUGGUUGAUGAUGUUUUAUACAGACUUAUCCCACGUGGACUCCAAACCAUUAGAUUACCAUAUUUACCACGUUCAUUAAUCAGAGACGUAUUAUUCUUAUUUCAUGAUCAUCCAUCAAGUGCCCAUUUCGGUAUCACGCGCACAUAUGAAAAAUUAAAAAACAAGUGUUAUUGGCGAAAUAUGAAACAUUCCAUCAUUAAUUAUAUUCAAUCAUGUUUGCCAUGUUCAAAAUAUAACAUUCGUCGAACAAAACCACCAGGAUUAAUGCAUUCAAUAGAAACUCCACAUGAAAUUCUUGGUAUUGUUGGUAUGGAUUAUUGGGGUCCUACAAAUGAAGAAUCAAUACAUGGCAAUCGGCUAUUAUUUCAACAAGUUGUAACAGCCAAUACACAACAUCAAAAUUCAUUGGCCAAACAACGAUUUGAUAAGAAUCGUCCUGAUCCACAAUAUGAAAUUGGUGAAUUGGUAUUAAUUAAAGUUCUAGACAAGUCAUCCAAGUUUCACGAACAAUUUGAAGGGCCAUACCGCAUUACUGAACAAAAAGAUCCAGAAACAUUUGUGGUCAAAAUUGAAGAUCCGGAACAAGAUGAUAAUGCUGAUUAUACUAAGCAAGUUACUACGUGUGAUAUGAA